AUUUAUAACUUAGAUUCAUGUGCAUGUUUUAAAAUGUUCUGCUUUGCAGUAAUUUUGUUAUACUUGAUUGGCUUUUCAAAAAGCGAAAUUCUUCAAAAUUGCACAUGUUUACCAUAUUAUCAAUGUUCGGACGAUACAGGCAAUGUGGUGAUGGACGGAAACGGACUAAUCGAUGUAAGAGGAUAUAAAACUAGUAAUUGUACUGGCUAUUUCGAUGUAUGCUGUGACAUUGCAAAUGGACUGGUAACAACAGAGACAUCGCAAUUGGAAAGAAAAGGUUGCGGAUAUCACAACAUGGAAUCGGAUUCGCAGUGGUCGGGUAUCCUGCUGAAUCACGAAAUACCAGACCACGAAGGAAUUUACAAAUGCGGUGUCUCGUUAAUUCAUCCUCAAGUCGCUUUAACAGCUGCACAUUGCUUACAAUCGCCAAAUAAAUAUUGGAGUAUUAACAUAGCUGAUACAUACAGACAAAUUGUAAGUGUCGUUGUGCAUCCGUAUUAUAAUUCUGGAACGUUGCAAAAUGAUUUGGUUCUGCUAUUCCUAAAGACUCCUUACAAUCAUGCCGAAAUCGUGUGCAUUCCGCCUCCGGGUACAAUUCUGGAUGGUUCUCAUUGUUCGGCCAUUACAAAAGAUUUUAGCAAGAUCAAAAUAAUUCAGUUGCCGAUAGUCGGGAGGGCGAAAUGCCAGAAUUUAUUGCGGGAAACCCGUCUAGGACCGUAUUUUCAACUUCACUCAAGUUUUUUGUGUGCCGGAGGCGAAGAUUUCCUAGACGUCUGUGAAGGAGAUGGGGGGAGUCCUUUGAUUUGUCCGAUUCCUGCUCAAACGGACCGUUUCCAUCAAGUGGGGAUCGUGUCAUGGGGAAUCGGAUGCGGGGAGAACAACACGCCAGGGGUUUACGUGGAUCUAUCAAAGUUCAGAGACUGGAUCGACGAGGAAAUGAUUCGCAAAAACUUCAACAUCAACACUUAUAGAUAUUAAGAGAUAAUAACAAUAUAUAUUAUUUAUUUUGUUUUAUACAAUAAUCAAAAUUAAAUACAACAAUUAAGCAUUCUUUUACCAUAAAGACAAAUAAAUAUAUAUCUUCUUAAAUGCUUUUUGGUGUUUCCAAUUUCUAAAAUUAAUUCACUUCUUCUCUAAAUAUAAUAUAAUAAAUAUCUGAUUUCGCUUCUUUAUUUAUUAUUUUUUUCUUAUUGAAUCUGAUAUGAAUUUUGUAUGGGACACAUAAAAUGGAUAUGUUUCAUCAGAGGGCCACCAUCUAAAAAAGACGCUCGAGGGAUAGAAGUCUUCUUAAAUUAAUUUGAUUUCUUU